AUGUCGUUCAAGAAGAGUUUCUCUAGUAGCGGCGAGGAGGAGGAGGAGGAGGACGACCCUAUGACAAUGGCAGAAACUAAGGAUGCUCUAGCUGCUUUUCAUAAGAGGAAAGACACUUGCAUGAGAUCUGCUAUAUUACCAAGGAUGAGUUUAAGUUGCUCAACUCUCCGGUAUUUAGCAACAGGAAGGUCUUACGAAGACCUGAAAUUCAGCGUAGCAAUAUCACCACAAGCUUUGGGACGCAUAAUUCCAGAAACAUGCGAAGUUAUAUGGAAGGUAUUAAGGAAAGAAUAUAUGAAGUUCCCACAUUCGAAGGAGGAAUGGUGCCAGAUUGGUCAAGACUUCGAAGAAAUGUGGCAGUUCCCUAAUUGCCUGGGCGCUGUAGACGGGAAACAUGUAGCAAUUGUUCCUCCCCCUAAUUCAGGAUCUUUCUUUUACAGUUACAAAGGAUUUCACAGCAUGGUUCUCAUGGCAGUCGUUAGCGCAAAUUAUGAAUUUAUAUUGUGUGACUUUGGCACUCAUGGGAGAAUUUCGGACGGUGGUGUAAUUGAGAACACGUUUGGGAGAAGUUAG